AAUGGGCAGGAUUAUGCUAAGGAGAGCAGGAAAACCGAGCGCGUGAAGAAGGGAAAUUCCACGGGGGCGGAGCCAUGCUAAUGAGGCACACAAGUGCACUCGAUGGGCUGAGCUAUGUUAAUGAUCAGCUUCGGGGCGGGGCAUGCAAAUGAGGUUGCUAGUUCUAAGGCGGUCUGCGAAGCCUGGUCCCGCUAGGUGGGACUCGGGGCGCGUGCUCCAGCCGUAAAUAGAGCCCUGCGAGGAAGGCGCAGUCUCCACCUCCGCCCCGGGACCCGGGGUCUGGACUGGAAGUUGAAGUCUCCGCUCGCCUAGGGACUCAGGCUUCCGGUUCCCGCAUCCCCAGCCACUCGGAAGACAGACUGGGAGGGGAGCUGGGGCCCUGGAGGGGGACUGCAGGGGAACGGGGCGGGGAGGGCUGUGAGAUCACUGCAUUCCUGAUCCAUGAGCCAGCUCACCCUAGUCGGGACGCCCGGGUCAAGAGGGCCUGGGGGCCAGGAUUUCUGGAGUUGGAAGAGAAAGCGGAUGGCCCUGAUACCUGGUCCCAAGGAGUGCAUGGGGUGGAGGCUUGGAUUUCCGGGUGCUAGAGAGAACGAGGGGAGUCUUUACGAUUAGCCCCGCGUGACGGAGUGGAUGCGCGGACUACGCCUCCCGGCAUGCAGCGCGCGCACCCCACCUCCGGACGAUGCGUUGCCUUCUGGGAAACCGAGUCCGCUCCCUGUACCAUCGGCUUUCCGGACGCCGAGCUCGGUACUUGAAAUCCCAGCAAGCCCGGCGGCACUUUGCUUCCGCUCCGCCCCUGCUCUGUUCGCGAGCUCCGCCCCAGUCCGCCCCGCCCCGCGCCGGGGCCGGAGCCGCAGCCCGAGCGGCGGGGUGACCAUGGAGGAAGACGAUGAGUCUCGAGGGAAGACAGAGGAGUCUGGUGAGGAUCGGGGAGACAGUCCACCUGACAGAGAGCCCACCCCUUCUCCUUCUGCCUUCAUCCUGCGGGCCAUUCAGCAGGCUGUGGGAAGCCUGCAAGGAGACCUGCCCAAUGAUAAAGAUGGCUCUCGGUGUCAUGGCCUUCGAUGGAGGCGCUGCCGGAGCCCACGGUCAGAGCCUCGUCCCCAAGAGUCAGGGAGUGCUGACACAGCCACUGUGUUGGAUACAGCUGCAGACAGCUUCCUUCUGGGGCUGGUAGGCAUCCUGGAUCCACCAGAUACCUGGGUUCCCAGCCGCCUGGAUCUUCGGCCUGGCGAAAGCGAGGAUCUUCUGGAGCUGGUGGCCGAGGUCCGCAUUGGGGACAGGGACCCCAUGCCUCUACCUGUGCCCAGCCUGCUGCCCCGCCUCAGGGCCUGGAGGACAGGAAAAACGGUUUCUCCACAGUCCCACUCUCCUCGACCCGCUUGUGCGCGCCACCUCCUCACCUUAGGCACAGGGGAUGGGGGGCCCGCCCCACCACCUGCUCCCUCCUCUGCCUCCUCCUCACCUUCCCCUUCCCCCUCCUCGUCUUCCCCUUCUCCUCCUCCUCCUCCUCCACCCCCGGCACCCCCAGCUCCUCCUGCCCCGCGAUUCGACAUCUAUGACCCCUUCCACCCCACCGAUGAGGCCUACUCCCCACCGCCUGCCCCGGAGCAGAAGUACGACCCCUUCGAGCCCACCGGCUCCAACCCCAGCUCCUCUGCCGGGACCCCCUCCCCAGAUGAGGAAGAGGAAGAGGAAGAGGAGGAGGAGGAGGGCUUGUCGCAGAGCAUCAGCCGCAUCUCAGAGACCCUGGCGGGCAUCUACGACGACAACAGCCUGAGCCAGGACUUCCCAGGUGACGACAGCCCGCGCCCCGACCCGCAGCCCCCCCAGACACCUGGGGCCGCAGCCACGCCGCCCCAGGUCGACUCCACGCGAGCAGAGGGGCCUCCGCGCCGCCGCGUCUUCGUGGUGGGGCCCGAGGCCGAGGCCUGCAGGGAAGGCAAGGUGUCCGUGGAGGUGGUAACGGCUGGCGCUCCCGCGGCGGACCCUGAGAUCGAGGAGGGCGAGAUUGUGCAGCCUGAGGAGGAGCCCCGACUAGCCUCGCUGUUCCGCCGCGCCCCCUCGCCGCCUCCGGCCGCGUCCUCAUCGUCGUCCUCGCGCCGUGAGCGACACCGCGGGAAGCACCGUGAUGGCGGCAAGAAGAAGAAGAAGCGCUCGCGCUCGCGUGGGGACAAGCGCGCCGAGCUGCCCGACAAGCCACCCGCAUCUGCAGGCUCCGAGCGCGACCGGCGCCGCGGGGCCGUGCCGCCAUCCAUCCAGGACCUGACGGACCACGACCUGUUCGCCAUCAAGCGGACCAUCACGGUGGGCCGGCCCGACAAGGCCGAGCGCGUGCCAUCGCCCGCCGCGUCACCGAAGCGCGAGGUGCUGUAUGACUCUGAGGGGCUGAGCGCGGACGAGCGCAGGGACAGGGACAAGGAGCGACGGCGCGGGGGCGCCCGGGAAAAGGCCGCUAGGAGGAAGCCGGAUGCAGAGCGCGAGCGCGCCAAGAAGACGCGGCCCAAGGACUCGCCAGGGCCUGCGCCGCCCAAGGCCCCGCUCAGCAGCGGCUCGGGCUCCUCGUCCUCGUCUUCAUCCUGCAAGGUGAAGCUGCAGUCCAAGGUGGCCGUGCUCAUCCGAGAGGGCGUCAGUAGCACCACACCCGCCAAGGACUCCGCCCUGGGCUCCAUCGGGGUCAAGUUCAGCCGCGACCGCGAGAGCCGCUCACCGUUCCUCAAGCCUGAUGAGCGCGCUCCGGCCGAGGUGGCCAAGGUGGCCCCGGGCAGCACCAAGCCCAAAAAGACCAAGGUCAAAGCCAAGGCUGGGGCCAAGAAAGUCAAGGGGACCAAGGGGAAGACUAAGCCGUCCAAGACCAGGAAGAAGGUCCGCAGUGGGGGCAGCAGCGCGGCCAGUAGCGGGCCUGGCUCGCUCAAGAAGUCCAAGGCCGACAGCUGCAGCCAGGCAGCCAGCGCCAAGGGGGCCGAGGAGACGUCCUGGUCUGGGGAGGAGCGGGCCACCAAAGCCCCCAGUACCCCACCGCCCAAGGCAGCCCCGCCUCCGCCCGCCCUCACUCCAGACUCGCAGACUGUGGACAGCAGCUGCAAGACCCCGGAGGUCUCCUUCCUGCCCGAGGAAGCCAGUGAGGAGGCGGGGGUCCGAGUAGCUGCAGAGGAGGAGGAAGAGGAGGAGGAGGAGGAAGAGGAGGAAGAAGAGGAGGAGCAGCAGCCGGCUACCACUACGGCCACCAGCACAGCCGCCGCCGCCCCGAGCACCGCCCCCAGUGCCGGGUCUACCGCCGGAGACUCCGGCGCAGAGGAUGGGCCAGCUGCGAGGGUCUCCCAGCUGCCCACACUCCCCCCGCCUUUGCCCUGGAACCUGCCCUCUGGUGUGGACUGCACCACCAGUGGCGUCCUGGCCUUGACUGCGCUGCUGUUCAAGAUGGAAGAAGCCAACCUGGCAAGCCGAGCAAAGGCCCAGGAGCUGAUCCAGGCCACCAACCAGAUCCUCAGCCACCGGAAGCCACCCUCCAGUCUGGGGGUGACCCCAGCUCCUGUACCCACUUCUCUGGGUCUGCCCCCAGGCCCCUCCAGCUACCUGCUUCCUGGCAGCCUCCCCCUGGGGGGCUGUGGCUCUACCCCUCCCACCCCCACUGGGCUGGCCCCUGCGUCUGACAAGAGAGAGGGCAGCAGCAGCUCAGAGGGACGUGGGGACACAGAUAAGUAUCUGAAAAAGCUGCACACGCAGGAGCGGGCAGUGGAGGAGGUAAAGCUGGCCAUCAAACCGUACUACCAGAAGAAGGACAUCACCAAGGAGGAGUACAAGGACAUCCUGAGGAAGGCCGUCCACAAGAUCUGCCACAGCAAAAGCGGGGAGAUCAACCCUGUCAAGGUGAGCAACCUGGUACGGGCCUACGUCCAGCGCUACCGCUAUUUCCGCAAGCAUGGUCGCAAGCCAGGGGACCCCCCAGGACCUCCCCGGCCACCCAAGGAGCCAGGACCCCCAGACAAGGGUGGCCCUGGUCUACCCUUGCCCCCUCUUUGAGACUCCAACAACCCUGUGCCCUGUGCCUCCGAGAUUCUGGACAUAUUUAUGGCUCCACUUCUCCACUACGCUCCCCCACAGUGGGAUGAUGGGGGAGGGUUGCUGCGAGGAAGAGGAACCCCUACCCUGCCCAGCCCCUGCCCAUCACCCUGGCCCUCAAGCCCACCCCAUCACCUGACACUGUCACACCCCUCCAGUUUCAUUAAAGAUUUCAUCAAA